CUGCAAUCUAUGCUUGAUAAACUUCUUUAUUCGAUCACGCAACAGACACGUCCAAGUCGAGCAGCAGCUCAGCUGUCAGAGAGCUGAAGCUGUUCAAUCAACAAACCCGGAAUAACGAGAAACACACAUUAAACUCCAUAUUUCACGUCAUUUAUCACAUCUCCUGUUAUGGAGCAAGCAAAGCAAGAGGCAUUUGAUCAAGCCAGGCUGCAAGUGAUCAAAGAUGGGUACGAGAAGGCAUUUGAGUGCAUCAAUAAAGGCCUGACCGAGGAUGAGGCGGGCCACAACGCAGAGGCACUAAAACUGUACCGGCAAGGACGGCAGCACCUCCUCAGGGCUCUUAGUGUCCCUUCGCAGGGUGUAGAGUGCGUGGGUUCCUCCUGGGAAGCGGCUAGGCAGAUGCAGCGCAAGAUGCAGGAGACCCUCAACAACAUCACCACCCGUCUAGCCAUGCUGGGGACCACGCCAGACCCCAACGGAGUCUCGGAUAGCAGCGCAGCCCCUCAGAAACUCUACCCUGAAGUCCCGAGGGUCAAGCCGGAGAGGCCAACUCCACCGCAGAUGCUCCCUUCCAACGUUGCAGGGGCUUCAGGUGGGCCAGUUCCGGUCUCCCCAACUAUGCAACCCAAUAUGUUAAGCGACCAGCCCCCUGAGUACACCCCUCAGGCCGCUGACGGACACCUGACCAUUUCCUACGGCACCGACUCUGGCGAGCUCUCCUUGGUUGGCGAUGAGUUCUACAGCCAAACGUCUAAUUCCACACCCUCUCUUCAGAGUCUGGGGGAGGAUGGGGAGGAACUCUUUUUCCUUCCUCAAGGAGUGCAGAUCUUCUUCGUUACCCCUGAGGGGCAAGUGAGCGCUCCCUCUUACCCAGGGUACCUACGCAUCGUAAAGUUCACCAAUGAGUGCUCAGAGAGGAUUCCAAACAGGCCACCUGCCUUCCUACAGGUUUGUGACUGGCUUUACCCAUUGAUGGCCUCUGACUCCCCAGUCCUGCUGUGCAACACUGGGGUCUACAUGUUCCCUGACAUGAUGGCUCCCAACCCGGGCUCGUAUGUUGGGGUGGUCCUUUCUUCCGAGCUUCCCCAGAAGGAACGUGAACUAUUCCAGAAUGUACUUUCUCAGUUGACUGACCUGCGUGUCCAGGUGAGCUGUCCCUGUGUCCCCUCAGGUCCCACCUCAGAAACACAGGGGUCAGCUGUGGCUUCAGAGCAGGCAUCAGAUGGCGCAGCCGAUACCAUUAACCUGGGUCAGAAGGUGCCGAUGGGCCCUUCUGCAGCUGAAGCAUCACCCUCUGCUGCUGAGGAGGACAUGGUUCUUCCUGAAUGGAGCGAGAAGGUGGCUCAGGGGAUCCUGACUGGGGCUUCAUGGCUGAGCUGGGGGUUGGUGAAGGGGGCGGAGUACACGGGGAAAGCCAUACAUAAAGGAGCAUCCAAACUACGAGACCACAUCACUCCAGAGGACAAACCAGCCCAAGUCAGCCCCACGGUAACCAGGAGCCUCCAUGUGGCCAAACAGGCCACAGGAGGAGCAGUAAAAGUCAGCCAGUUCCUUGUGGAUGGACUGUGCACUGUUGCUGGAUAUGCUGGCCGAGAGCUGGCACCCCAUGUGAAGAAACACGGAGGGAAGCUAAUCCCAGAGUCUCUGAAGAAAGACAGGGAUGGACGCUCCAAUAUUGACGGUGCCAUGGUGGUUGCAGCAAGUGGAGUUCAAGGAUUUGCAACGAUGUGGACGGGGUUGGAGGUUGCAGCAAAGAACAUUGCAAAGAGUGUUGCUGCUGAGACGGUUACCACGGUAAAACAUAAGUAUGGGGCAGAAGCGGGCCAGGCCACAGACCAUGCUGUCAACUCAGCCAUCAAUGUGGGCGUCACCGCUUUCAAUAUCGACAACCUGGGGAUCAAGGCAAUGGUCAAGAAGACCGGCAAAGAGACUGCCCAUGCCAUUCUGGCUGACUAUAAAGUCAAAGAGCCAGACAGUCAAGUUGAGAAACAUAAAGACCAAAAGUAGCGUUUUAGAUUCAAACCUCUCGUUUCAGGUGUCCAUUUUUAAGAGCAAACCAAAAGUCAUGCUUUCAAAAAAAGAUUGAAGAAGUGAAUGGAUCGUUGUCCGUGUGCUUUUGUUGUUAUUUGUAUGCGACUGACACUGAAUUCCAAAGGCCUCACUACAGUAAAUACAGUUAAUUGUGCUGUCAUGUUUACUAUUUUCACUGGUUAAACUGUAAAUGCAAGUCAAAAAUUCCCUUUACAAGUUGACUGACUGACUGCCCUGCCUGCCGGACAAAAUUCCUGACCAUGCCUUACACUUCACCAGCAAUGUAAACUCAACAUAUCACCAAUGAACUCACAGAUCCAUUGUUUAGAUGGAUCAUAUUUACGUAAAUGUCAGUAGUUUUGCGCGGUUUGUGUCUUAUAAAUGGACCCUUAAAGCAAAGUGCAAGCCAAAGGUGGAAUUUAUGAUUUUCCCAUAGAGCCUUAACAAAUAUAAUAUUCUUAUAUUUAAGAUGAAAUCUAUAUCUAAGCUUUAAUAUAUAUGCUAAGAAUGCUUUAUGGUAGUUGUUUUUUAUCUGCAGACCUGUUUGCUCUUGGUACUUUCAGGGUUUUUUAUGUUUUAAAAUAUUAAAACGCACUUUAACCCUUGCUAGGAACAGACACGAAUAUUUCUUGAGGAUGAUGGCUGCUAGGUAUUCU